AUGCUGUUAUUUGCAUGGACGUCUAUACCUUUUGUCUACUGCUUUUCGUUUCUUUUUGGAUGUGCUCCAAAAGCAAAUACUAUCAUCGUCAUUUACAACAUCAUUACAGGUAAGCUUUAUAUAAGAUUACUAGAGGUAAGAUUUUAGUAAUAUUGUUUAUUUAAAAAUAAAUAAAGUUUAUUGUAUUUUUUAACUUACUUUAGGAAUGAUUGGGGCAAUAACAAUACCAAUCUUAUUUCAAACUGACGGUCCUGACACGGCUUACACAUGGGAAUUAGUUUUUUCUUUAAUAUUUCCAACUUACAACAUAAAUAAUCAUUUUCUAAAGAUUUACGAUAACGAAUUUAAUCGGUUGACUUGUGCUUCUAUCAAUUGUAAAAACGAUUUGUACAAAUUCACUGUGAAAUUUUGUUGUGGAAACGAAGAAGGUGGGGUUAUGAGUAUUUAAUGUAUCAGUUGUGUAAUUAUAUAUUUACAUUAUCGCUUAUGUUUAAAGAGUAAUUUUUAGAGAGGUCAUUUGUGGAUAAUAUUAUGUCUAACACAAGCCAAAAAGGGCUGUUUUACGGCACUAUAUUCUUUAUAGUUGAAGGAUUUGUUUUUUGGAUUUUAUUGUAUUUAAUUGAAUCUGGAAUUUUAUUUAAACUUUCACACGUUUUUUGUAAAAAAUUGAAAGUGGAAAAAGGAGGGGUAAAGAACAAGGUAUGUUACCACUUACCAAAUUUAAGUAAUUUUUUAUAGGCUUUUAAUAUUGAAGACGAAGCUUGCAUUUCACAGGAAAGUGAUGUAGCUAUCGAAAAACGUGCGAUAAAAAACAUUAAAUGUGACGAAUUUCCUAUUGUAGUUAAUGGUUUAGGUAAAGCGUAAGUCUAUUUUUUAAAUUAAAGUUCUCGCAACUGAUUUUUUUAGGUAAGGGAGGGAGAGGGGAAUGGAAGAUAAAGUCGUAGGUGCACCCUGCCUCCGCUCUACUGGAAGCGGAGCCUGAUACCGUCUCCUUCUCCCUCUGCCCUACUGUCAACGCGUUGAUAAAUAGGGGCUUCUGGGCCCGAACCCUGGGUUCAGGGCGUAAGCUAGCCUGGACCGGCCUAUAAGUUCGCCUAGCCUGACCUUCUAUUUCCCUCCCAACUUCAGCUUGAUCUCGGCCGACCUCGAUCAGCGGCUGGGCCUGAAAGGCCCAGUCCAAUUUCCAAAACCUUUCCCUAAAACUCCCAACCUUCUCCCAUUUAACUUCAGAACACGUUUUCCGGAGAACAUUAUCAGUGUUUUGCCGGACCGGUCCGGAUUUUCAAAAAUUGUAAUAUUGAAAAUAACUUUUUAGCUUAUGGUUUGAAGUUUUAAAAAAUAAAUAACUUUUGUGAAGGUCCGUCUUUGGCUAUCAAGUUAUUACCGAAAUGGACCGCCCGGAUCGGCAAGACCGAUUCGGUCCGGCCGGUCCAAAUGUUUAGCGAGGAACUUGUAUGAGACGGACCUUCACAAAAGUUAUUUAUUUUUUAAAAGUUUAAAUCAUAAGCUUAAAAGUUGUUUUCAAUAUUACAAUUUUUGAAAAUCCGGACCAGACCCGGUCCGGCAAAAUACUGGUCGGCAUUGGCGCUUUAAAUAGUCCGCUAUCGUAACGGACUGUGGCCAGCCCACGAUCUGGACGCCUUCAACUUAUCGAAGCUCUCUGCUGCCUUCUUUUCGAAGAGGGCGCAGAAGACUGCAGAAGGCGGCCAAAUUCCAGGCCCCGUCGUUUACUGUUUACUGUAAAACUAAAUUAAAAACAUUUAAAACCUCACUAUAAAAAUAAUUUUUUCUUGCGUACUCUAUCUGUGAUUCCAUCCGCAGCCCCCACCCCCUCCCAGCAACAUCCCUGGUCUGAACACAUACAUAUAUAUACAUGACCGUCGUUCUAGCUUAAAAGAUAGACAUGGGGAACGAGCUGGGCCUGAGCAAAAUCUUGGUUGUGCCGGGCCUUGAAAUCCCAGAAAGGCCCGGCCCGUUCCCCAUGUCUAAGAAAAGAUCGUACAAAUAGAAAUCAGCCUAUUUUUUGAUUUUAACAUAGUAAUAAAUACACGUACUAAUGCAAAAAGUUUUAGUUAUGGAAAUUUUUUGGCUGUGAAAGGUGUUCAUUUUCACGUAAACAAAAAUGACUGCUUUGGUUUAUUAGGUGUUAAUGGAGCUGGAAAAACGUCUACUUUUCAAAUGCUAACCGGAGAGAACCAAAUAACAAUGGGUAACGCUUACAUUCACGGUUAUAGCAUAAAAAAUCAAUGGAAAAAAGUACGGUUUAAUUUUGUUUUUAGAUCUAAACUAUUUUUGGGUGUAUUGCUAGAGUUUUUUGCGUCGUUUUUACAAUGUUUACUUCCGUAUUUAGGCAUCAUCUUACAUAGGGUAUUGCCCCCAAUAUGAUGCGGUAAUGAAAGAGUUGACUGGAUUAGAUACACUGAAACAUCUCGCCCGUGUUAGAGGAGUCAAAGAAAAAGACAUUAAAAAAAUAGUGAAUACGGUUGUACAAGCCAUAGGAAUAGAAAAAUAUGCCAAUCGACAAAUUAAAACAUACAGGUAUUUUAUUAAAUUCGUUGCUAAUUUUCCAUAUUUUAAAAACAAAUAAUUACAAUUCACUUUGCAGUGGCGGAAAUAAACGACGACUUUCAAUGGGGCUUGCUCUGAUUGGUAUGCCGUCGGUUAUGUUGCUGGACGAACCAACAACAGGAGUCGAUCCAAAAGCCAGACGUUUUAUCUGGAGUAUACUGGCUAGUUUGCGUGAAGCUGGAAUGGCUCUAGUCUUAACAAGCCAUAGUAUGGAAGAAUGCGAAGCAUUGUGCACUAAUUUGGCAAUCAUGGUAUCAGGGGAAUUUAAAUGCAUAGGAAGCCCACAACAUAUUAAACACAAGUACGGGAACGGCUAUAGUCUGGUUGUUACAUUGAAAGACGAAAAGUAUAGUAGCUUUGCAAUAGAAAAGAUUAAAGAAACAUUUUCAGGAGCAAUCUUAAAGGUAACUUAUUUUAGACAUAUUUUUAAGAUAUACGUUUGUAUACAACACAAAUAUGUAAUAAAGCAAACAAAUCUUCCUGUUGAGUAUUCAACGUCCAUAAAACAAAAGAAAAAAUUAAAGUUUUAUUUCUAUAAAAAUUGUAGGAAGAACAUUUAAUUCAAUUGCGAUUUGAAUUGCCAAAAACUAAAGAGACUAGAUGGUCACAUUUAUUUGCGAAAUUGGAGGAAAUAUCACAGUUGUGUCGUUUUGUUGACUACUCAUUGUCUCAAACUUCUCUUGAACAAGUAAGAUACUAAGCGCUAAUGUCGAUAUUUUUAAUCAAUUUUGAAAAAUAAUAUUAGUGAACUAAUACUCAAUAAUAAGUCACAAAAGUUUGCUAUCACAAUUUCAUAACUUUUUAGCUGACAAAAAAUACCAAUCUGCAACGUUCAGAAUUAGCUCAUAAUUUUAAUACGAAUUCUUUGGAGUACCAGUAGCACGUAUAAAAAGUCUGAGCUGGAGGUUUUAAGUUUUAAAAUUAAUACAUAUAUUGAAAUUUUGCGUCAAUUUGGCAAUUUUGGCAUUGUGUUGUAAGCACUUUUCGAUGUUUCAGAUAAGAUAGGCUUGCAAAUUUAAAAUUUCAGUUCAUUUGAAGGUUUUCUAUCAUUAUAUUAAAAAAUAGUUAAAAACCAAAAAAUGACAAUAUUAAAAGCUUGAAACACUAUCCCAGUUUGGCGGGAACUUCAUAACGUGAGUUUUUUGAUCUCGAUUUUCUCAAGUCUGGCCGCCAACCGCAACACAGAAUUUUGAAUAUAGUCUUACAUUUACAAGAAAGAAUACAGUAAAAAAAUUUGAACGGUCUAAGCGUUGCAGGUCGGGUACAUUCCUUGUAAAAUUAAUUAAUUUAACCUAUUAUCAGCGAAAGGUGCAGUUUUCCUUUUGUCGUCAAUAAGCUACUAAAGUUCAUCUACUAAAGUUCAAAUUUUACAAAAUUUUAAUCUUUUUAGGUAUUUAUACAAUUCUCGCGAAAAUUCUGCAAUGAACAGUUGGAAAAUACCGCACACUCAGCCAAUGAUAUUGUAAAUGUCAGAUUUUAA